UAAGAACGCUCAUGCGUAAGAAAGCAUUCUCAAGUUUCCGAGAAGCCGAGAAAACAUUCCAGACGGUGUGGCUCAAAAUCACUACUAGAGAAAUCACAGAUAAACACCCUUGAGCCCUGGUGAAUUGAUGUGAGACCCUUCCUAAACUCCAGGAAAAUGUCUUCGCAUUCCCCAGGUUUUCGUGGUAAACGAAAAACGGUCGAAUCGCGAGAUCGAGAUACUCUUUGUCUAGCUUCAAGCAAACGACCCCGUUUGUCUGUAAUCCUUCUCGACUUACGACCAAAGGAUUCCGUUCGUUCAAAAAAUGGGAAGAAGAAAUCUCAUAGAUGGAUGAUAAGGGAAGCCAAACGAAAUCCUAACGCGACAGUGGUUGACUUAUCGCGUCGUGAUCUUUGUUUUCAGGAUAUAAUUAGCGUUUGCAGAGAAACCCGUCAUGUCCAGCGUAUUUUGCUAAGGGAUAUCACAUUUCACCUUGAGAGCAAAAUGCGCACGCUACGAGAAGUAACAGAAAUUUGUGCCUCCCUCUCCGAAAUUGAUGUAACAGGAUGCGCAAAAAAGACCAGACAGCUUUUGCUUGGUGAAAUGAAAAAUCUAGAGGCCGAAGAGAGAUAUUUGAAUCGCAUGGGAGUUUAUCUAAGAGAUGAUAUCGCAGACAACCGAGGCCUUGACAGUGUAUUCACACCAAAUUUCUUCUGCAAUGCGUCUUUCAUCAAAAACUUAGUGACGAGUGGUAAACUCUUUGCAGACACUAGUUGCGAAGGCUGGUCCCUGUUGCACACGGCCUGUCUAGUAGGGGACCUUUCAUUGGCUAAAUGGCUUAUUGACAAAGAUGGCCGGUGUGAGUUUGAGAGGGCGAACCCUUUUGCCUCUUUGGAGCCACUCCUGUGUUUUGAAUAUCACACUGGGGAUAUAGAAGAAUGUGCUAAAAUCUUUGGAUUUACAUUUAAGGAACUAAAUAAAAGUAAUGCAGACACUCUUUUGAUAUGGGCGUUGGGGACGCCAAACCCACCUAGGAUUUCAGGCUCCAGAGAUUUUCAUAGCAAAAAAUGUGAUCCAGUUUAUCGAAUUAAGACCUUGCUGAAACUUAUACCAUUUGUAAAUCCAUUGCCAUUACUGGAAGAGCUUCUUCUCAACCUAGAAAAAGGCACUGCAUUUUGUUGUAAUGAAUCCAAGCUUGCCAAAGUUGUGGCUGUGCUUCUUGAGAAGUGCAAAGAAAUGAAUGCUUUGAGUGGCUUUGAAUGGGUCAUUAUAAAGGAUGAGAUGACCAUGCCCUGUGUUACCCUUGCACUAAACCAUCCUCAGAUCUUAAAGACUUUGAUAAAGUACGGAGCCAAGAUUGAUGCUGUUGAUGAAAAUGGGGAGACUGCUUUGUAUCACAUUAGUAGCAAAGUCACCAUGGGGCAUCAAGAAACAGUUUGUCGCAUUCUUCUUGAUGCUGGAGCUUCUGUGCAUGCUAAAAACAGGCAAGGAAAAACCCCUCUGACAAGUGUGAUCAAAGGUUAUUUUGAAAGUGAGAAAUGGUAUGGUAAUAUUUUCAAUGAGAAUGUUUUCUUUGGAAUUGUUGUGAAAUUAAUAUCAGCUGGUGCAGACAUUCGGCAUUUGGCAGACAGUGCAGGGUCAAUAAUCCAUUUGGCUGUUCAGUCAUUUCUUGAAGGUUCCAAGAAUGAGAUGUCCUUGCGAAUAAUAAAGAAGCUGCUGGCUCUUGAGAUGGUACAAGCAAAAGUGCCAAUUUCUUGCAGAGAUAAUCAAGGGGAUACUGUAUUGCAUACAUGGGCCAGCAGAAGAUGCAAUUCCAUUGAUGCCUCUAAAGCCUUGUUAGUUAAUGAGCUCGGGGAGUUCCUUAUCACUGCUGGGUGCUCAAUAGAUGCAGCAAAUGAUGAUAGUUGCACAGCCUUGCACAUUGCUGUCCAUCAAAGGUUAACUUCACAGGUUGAACUUUUACUAAAGCAUAAUGCAAGUGUUUCAGCCUUGAACAAAUGUGGCCAAACACCUUUGCAUACUGCAUGCUCUAGUUAUCAGAAUGGUUCAAAAGAAAUGAUCAGCAUAAUAGAAAUGCUGAUUAAAGAGGGAUCUGAUCUUCAUGUCAAAGACAGCAAAGGUAAUUCUUCUAGGGAUCUUCUUAAUGGUCAUCGAGAGCUUCGACCAGUCUUGCAAAGACCGUUACCUCACUCAGCAAAAUGGCAACAAAAAUCCCAGAAGCAUGUAGAUAAACUUUUAGAAGUCUGUCGACACACAAACUCCAGAGUCAUCCAGUCUUUCUAUUACCAUCCUGAGCCAAUAGGUACUGGCGGUUUUGGUUGUGUGUUUGCUGGCCUAGAUCUGAAAGAUGGAAGAGAAGUUGCCAUUAAACGGAUUAAAAGAUUGAGACUACUUCCACAGUUUCAUCGUGAAAUUGAGAACCUUGUUCGCUUGUCAGAAUCGCCCAGAAUUAUGAAGUACUUUACCUGCGUUGAGGAUAAGGACUUUCUCUUCAUUGUACUGGAGCUCAUGGAAGGGUCUUUGAAUGAGCUCCUGGACUUGAGAGAGUCAGAACUAGGUACAGAUGCAUUGUUGACACUUUCAAAAGACUUGGUGGAUGGUCUACAUUACUUGCAUGGAAAAAGCAUCCUCCAUCGAGACUUGAAACCAAACAACCUGCUAUACCACUUUCAAGAUGAAACCCCACGCUUGAAGAUAGCAGACUUUGGUCUUAGUAAAGAUACCACUUCUGCCAGUCAGUCAAGUACAGUUAUAGGCACCAAUGUUGGAUGCAAAGUUUGGAUGGCACCUGAGGUAUCUAGAGCACCCUCCAAACACAGCCAGAAAUCUGAUGUUUUUUCAUGUGGCCUUGUGUUACAUUACAUCAUGUCUAAAGGUAAACAUCCAUUUGCCAAGGAGAGUCAGACACAAGAAAAUGCAAGGAUAUGGGAGAUCUCAACUGCAUCUUCUAUAGUUAAUGAUAUCAAGUCAUUACAUAGCAGUUUGGGACCAGAAGCAAAGGACAUUGUUAUUCAAGCCCUUGCUAGAGACCCAGAAGAUCGGCCAAGCGCAUCUAAUAUGAUUGGUCAUCCAGUGUUUUGGAGUGAAGAUAAGAAGCUGAGGUAUAUUGCUGCCUUUUAUAAUGGUUAUGACAAAAGAGAUUCUGUGCGGAGAAAAAUUAAGAGGGAACUAGGCACUGUACCAAGAUGGGAUUUAAAGUUAACAGAACAGACCAAGAAAAUGAUAAAAGAACGCAAGUACGACUUUUUUUCUUGCAUGGAACUGUUGCGAUUUAUUCGUAAUGGCUAUCAACAUUUUCUGAAAGAGCUGUUUGGAUGUAAACUUCUGCAGUCAUACCCAGAGCUUCUGAUUGAACUGUACAAUUUCAUCAAAAGACACGAUUUGCAAAGCAAUCCGUACAUUGAGCAAGUGGAAAAGGGAUAAGUUUGUCUCAUGAUUUUUGGAUGAGUCCUUCCCCUUAAGUUGAAAAUUGUUAACAUUGAGCUACCAAUGUGCAUAAUAUCGCACAUAAUAUUGAAAAAUCUACUUUUUGUUUGUACUAAAAAAGACAGUAAUUGUUGUGUAGCAACCUUGCCCCCACAAUUGUCUGGGGUAGGGGCUGGGGCAAGGGUAAGUCAUUGCUAAUUUUUACUAAGAAGGGGAAGAGAUUUCUUUUCUUAUGUUCUUUGUAAAAUCCAUAUUUUUCUUGUGGCAACUGCCAUCUCUCCCCUUGCUAGUUUUGAUGUUUGAAACUAAUUAGAUAUUCACUGUCUUUAUUUCAAAUUAGUGGAUAUUCUAUCUGGGGAAGCAGUUUAAGUUUUAAUCUUGGGCAGAGCCAACUACAUGCUGAUCCUUUUUGUCACCUUUCAUUAGGAGAUCCCAAAUGGAAGUGUGUAGGUCGGGAAGGGGGGCAUUUUUAGGGCAAGUUUAAGAAAUACACACAUAAACUACGGCUUCAAGAAAAUAAAAAAGUUACAUUUUUUAGGCUGUUUCCAUGCUAUAAUUUGCACACGAUAAAAUUUUCAAUGAGGUUUCUUAUACUUAAAGAUACUACCAUAUGUUGUCUGUAUGUAAUAUUUCUUGAUGCCAUGUUGCAUCAAUGUUAUGUAUGUGUAUAUCAAUUUAAAAUAGAAGUUGCAAUAUAACCACAGUAAACGACCACAAAUCUG